UGCUGUAGUUAACUAUGGCAUGUGGGACCAGCUCAGGGUUGACCAUGGCAGGGAAUUUUACAUGUCCCUAUACAUGCAAGAGAAGCUAUCAAGACACAGACACAACCUCAGCAGACAACCAUACCUCCAAACAACUUCGACAAGGAAUCUUAGAGUGGAAAGGAUUUGGCCUGAAGUGAACAAUCGGGUGAACUACCCAUUGAAACAGGCCCUGGUGCACCUGCAAGACCAAGAAGUCAUCAACAUGGAGGACAAUAUGACUAAAUUCUGCACUUCUAACCUGGCAUGCCAAUUAAGCCAAAUUGGAGUAAAUAGAGUAGUACAAUCAUGGAAUGCACACAGGAUCCCAGGCCGUGGAAUACCCAAUGAACUUGCAGCAACUGGAUGUCCAUCAAAAAUUUUGGGUGAGCUGCUGUCCCAUGCCCCUGUUGUGGCAAAUAUGUAUGAGCAGGAUUUGGGAUCAUCGCUGACCUUUGGAACGGAUCCUUUUUCCUCUGAGGAGGACAGGAGUCAUGCAGAGCAGGACUUUGCAGAGAAUUAUCCAGACAUCUCUCUUCUUUUCAAUCAAACAGUAAACAGUGAAUAUAGCCUUUUUCAUGAUGCAUUGCUUCACCUCAUAAAUGUAACCCAAAGAUAUGUAUGAAAAAGUUAUUUUAUUAUUAUU